UCCAUUUUCCCGACGGCGCGUGAAGGCGUCACUUUUGUUGCGUUUGUCGUCAUCAGGGAAGCUUCAUCCGACGAGAUUCAGUGUUCACUGUCAGAUGCUACGCUUUUGAAUGUACCCGUUGAAUUGAGGUGUCCGGUCCGUCUUCAGAGAUGGAGUCUCAGAAUCUCAACCUGAGCUGUGUCAUAUGCAUGGAGCGCUUCUGGAUCCCCGUGACCAUCCCCUGCGGCCACACCUUCUGCAAGAAGUGCAUCACCACCCACUGGGACACCAAGAGCAAGGCGGACAUCGGACCCCAGUGCCCCAUCUGCAACCAGGGCUUCGACACCAGGCCCGUCCUCAAGCGCAACGUGUCCCUGUCGGUCCUCACCGAGGCCGCGACCAGCGGCGGCCCCUCCUGCAGAGAGUCGUUGGUGAGGGGGAGCGAAGGGGCGAGGGCCAUGCUCCUGUGCGAUCGCCACAAAAAGCCCCUGGUUUAUUACUGCAGGCAGGAUAAAAUGUCGGUGUGCUGCGAGUGUGGCAUCUCAGAGUGCGCAGCCCAUGAGAAGGUCUUGUUGGAGGCGGAAAGGGAAAAUCAAGAGCUGCUGCUGGAAAGGAAGAGCAACGAGGUGGGGAAGCUCAUGGAGGAGACAAAGAAAAGUAUAAAUCACUUGGCUGAGAAUAUCAGUCAAGCUAAGGUGACUCUUCAACAGACGUCGUCCUGGGUCAAUGUCAAGUUCUCCACCCUGAUGAAAAUUCUGACUGAGAAGCAGGAGGCCACGGAGCUCUUCAUCGACGAGCAGAGAGAGGCUGCCAUUGUCGAGGCGGAGGCGCGGCUGACUGAGCUUGGGGAGCAUUCACAGAGACUCCGAGAGAGCCAGGACCACAUCGCAUCUCUGCAUAACCUCUCCGAUACUGACCUCAUCAAGGAAUCGAUGCUCGUAGAAGUUCCACGUCUAAAGGACAUUCCCACUGAUGUUACGACGAACCUUCAGGAUCGAUUAAACGGCGUCACCGAAGUGCUGUCCCGGGUCUCCAAGCUGGUGUGUGAGGACCUGGAGAAAGCUGUGAGCACGGCAGUGGCUCAGGAGAAAGAAGGUUCCCCACAGGAAAAGAGGCCUGUUGGAGCUGUGGUUCCCAGUCCAGCUGCCCCAUGCCACCCAGGUGGUAAGGAGGGCCUCAGCGCUUACCGAUGCUCGCUGACCUUCGACCCCCGCACGGCCAACGGGCACCUGUUUCUGUCCCAAGAGAACCGAAGGGCAGAGCACCUUUCCUCCGGGCCACGGCCAGUCCCGGUUCAUGAAGCCCGCUUCGAUUACACCUGGCAGGUGCUCUGCUUUCAGGGCUUCACCCGAGGACAGCACUACUGGGAGCUGGAGGUGUCCAAGCCCUGGGCCUACCUCGGGGUGACCUAUGAGGCCAUCCCCAGGAAGGAGAAAGGCAAGCGGUGCAUGGUCGGCAUGAAUGAGCUGUCGUGGAGCUUGCAGCUAGACGAGCAUCAGCUCAGCGCCUGGCACAACGGCCGACGGGAGACUCUGACGGGCCACUCACAGCACCGGCGCAUCGGCAUGCUGCUGGACUACGAGGCGGGAACACUCACCUACUAUGGAGACGGGCAGACCAGGCUCCAUGCCUUCCACUGUGCCUUCACCCAGGAGCUGUUCCCGGCCUGCUGGAUCGGGGAGGGUGUCAGCAUCACCCUCUGCUCCACAUGAGCUGACUCGUGAAGAGAGACGAGGAGAAGGGAGAAACAGUAUCUGAAUGAACAUAGAGCAUCACCCUGAACCAUUUAGUUUUCUUUUCACUCUGUCGGCCUUCCUGCAUUGUUUGAAGCAGAAGAACUGACGGUGAAGGGUCCCUCCCCCAGUCCCCAUUGUCCAUUGUGACUAUUUGCAUUAUCGCCUAACAUCACAAUGACAGCUAAGGAAAGUUGGAGGACUUAACAACUUCAUUUGUUCUUCUUCAUAGCAUCUUUCUUCAGAUACAUGUCCGCUUUCAGGGAGAAAAUACCCAUCUCCUCAACUCAGUGUCAGAUUAGUGAACUUGGACUACAACUAAAUUGAUUUCCCUUUAAAUAUAACAAAGGAAUUUAUUUCAGGUGGUCAGUCACAAAAGGGACUGCACAGUACUGUAGUGGUUAGCAAGAAGGUUCUGGGUUCACAUCCUGGUUCGAACCAACCGGGGCCUUUCUGUGUGGAGUUUGCAUGUUCUCCACGUGUCUGUGUGGGUUCUCUUUGGGUUCUCGAGCUUCCUCCUCCAGCCCAAA